AUUAAAGAAAAAAAAGGCAAGAAAGUCAUCGAACUGAAAAUCCAGAAAAUCAGUGAAGCCCAGGAGAAGCAGAAGCCACAAAGAGGGCCAAGCAAUGAUUUCAAAUUCACCACUGUUUCUCCUCUUCUUCCUUUCCAUCGCUGUGCAAACCCUAGGGCUCCAAACAAUUGGUGGAAGUGAGAAAUGGAUUGGUGGGCGCAGAGUUCUGCUGAGUUUCAAAGAAACCCCUCGGGGAAGUAACGCUACCUUUGAAUGCUCUCCUUCCGGUCCCUGCGUUCCCUGCCUCUACUCCGAAAAGAACGAUGAAAAGUAUCGAUGCAGCGAGACUGGCUAUCGUAUUCCUUUGAAAUGCAUAGAAAUUAAAGAUAAUUUGAAGGACGCAAAUGGGAAAAGUUCUCAUAACCGUCGAUCUACUCUGGAAAUCUCUGACAACAGUGCAAAACUACACAUGGUAUCGCAUGAUGCCAAAGAACUCACCACUUCAAUGAGACAUAGAAGUUUACUGGGUGAUCCAUCAACGUCAGAGAAUGGACAGCAAGCUUAUAUUACUUAUAGAAGCUGUAUUCCUGCAGUUAAUGAAGAGAAGUUGUCAGUGCUUGGGUUUGAGGGGAUCGUGUUGUGUUUGUUGCUCAUUAGCGGUUCAAUUGUAUACUUCAAAAGAAAGCAGGCCAUAGCCAUGACAGCUUUUGGAGGGAGGAUCCAGACCAACUCCAGAUUUUAAUUCAGAAACCCCGUGGUAUAAGACUUCAUUUGAAGCCAAUUCUUAAUGGUCACCGAGUAAUGUUACACUAGUGAUUUUAGAAAGAAUCAAGCCAAGUGUUCAUUGUUUGCUGCCCACAGUUUGUUUCUGUUUCCUUGAGCAAAAUGAUGUUUUUUGUAUUUCUUCUGUAAUAUAUCGAGUCAUAAUGAGAGGGUGAUUUAGUUCUCUUUU